GUUUUCCGAUAUUUGAUUGGUUAAAUUGCAGUGGUCACGCUGUAAAAUCAUGAUGUUUUUGUAAUUACUGAAGAUAACAUGGCGGCCGAUGCACAGUAUGUUUACAUUGCGUCGCUUUCUUGCAGAAUGAGCUCUCCAAGCUCUUUUCUUAUGUAAAGAUAUGGCUAGUGCGAACCGAACCAUGGUGCGAACCUCUGGUAGCAUGAAAGUCCCCAUUAAACGACCCGCGGGGUCGAGGACUCUUCCUAAAGACCGUGGAGGUAGUCGCGAGAAGGAAGGGAUACACAGUGGUCAUUUUAUGGUCAGCAGAGUGCAUGGCAACACGUCUGGGGAUUAUCUUUCGGAUGAGGAAAAGGAGCUGGAUCAGAAGGAAGAGAAUAUCAAACUUGGCUACAAUUUCUCUGAUGCCAGCAAGAAUACCUGCAAGGAGUACAAGUUUGGGAAUCGGUCAACUCAAACCCUAGCCAUUGAUGAAUCGCUUUCAAAUCUGUUCCAGCACUUGACUUUAGCAUACAGUGGGAAAAUCACAUCACCAAAAUGGAAGCAGUUUCGAGGGAUGCAUAUGAAUGUAAAGGACAAAAUCCGUGUCAACAACAUCAUUUGGAGAGAAUGGCACAUGCAAUAUGUCUUUGGUCAAAGACCCAAAGUUUGCCAUUUUGCAACCCCACUACAGGAGCUUACUCACAAUAGGCCGGAAGCAGCUGUUGUGGAAGGAUAUUACUGGAAACGUCGCCUUGACACGAUUGCCAAUGAGUACAAGAGAUGGAGGAAGUUUUACAGACACAAAAACUUCAUUAAAGCAGUAAACCUGUCAUCUGAACAGUAUAUGAAUGAGACUUCAACAGAAGACCUACUGCUGCAGCGUGUAGGGGAGAUGACUGACAUUUCCUGUUUCCCACGGCAACAGCAGACGUCACACACCGACCUGCUGCUCAACACAAACGACUUGCAAGAGAUGAUGGAUCUGUCUGAGUCACUCUUCUCCAAUCUGAGGCAGCCAUUCGAUUUUCCAAAUCCUAGAGAGCUGGCUGGCUAUGGCUAUGGUGACUUCAUCCAACCAGGGCUACUGCAAUUUCAACCAUCCCAGACCAGUUUUGAUGACUUUAUGGACUUUGAAUCAUUUACAGACUAUUGGUCCUCCAAAUCCUCAGCAUCAGCAACUGCUACAUCAACCGACUCACAGUCUGGCCCUAUACUGCACGUCCCCAGCCUGGCCAUGGAUACUGCCAGCUCGCCUCAGUCCUCAAGCUUGAUGCUGAACCCUCAGACCCCACCUUCCAACCACAGUGCCUUGUUCGACUUGCCAGCCAGCUCCCCCUCCCCCACCGUGUCCAUCCCCUCCCCAGGGCCGCCAUUGGCAGAGGUCAACAUGGAGACAGACCUGAUGAUGUCACACCUGCAGCAGCUGCAGCAGAAGCAGCUGGAGAAGAAACUGGCGGAGCAGAAACACUUGGAGGAGCAGCAGAAGAAGAAGAAUCAGCAGGAGCAGAUAUCAGUGCUCUUACAGCAUCCAGAGGCUCUGAAGACGUUGUUGGUGAACUCUGGGAAUGGUGCCAUAGCGGACCAGGUGAUACAGGAGCUGCAGACCCACAUGCAGUUGCAACAACAGCAGUUGCAACUGCAGAAACAACAGAUGGAGCAGCAAAAACAGUUGGAGCAGCAAAAACAGUUGGAGCAGCAGAAAUUGAUGGAGCAGAAAAAAGAGAUUGAGAAGAGGUUACAGCAGCAACAACAACAACAACAGCAGCAGCAGCGUCAAAUUCGUGCUCAGGUUCAAGCCCAGAAGCCCCAGCAGCCCACCCCGUUCCAGUCCAAUUCGGUACUGCUGAAGCUGAUCAGCAAUAAAGUAGCGAGCGAGUCGCAAUUCAAGCUGUUGCCAGCAACGACAGCCAGCCCACAGAAACAACAGUCACAUGGUGCUAAGCCAAAGUCCAGCAACAGUAUCGGCACCAUCAGCAUAUUGGACGCUCUAAGCAGGGAUGAGAGUUUGUCCAAAAAGCCCCCGUCUCAGACCAUUCAAAAGACUCAGCUAAGACCAAUGGUUAAAAAAGAUCCAGGUGGAUUUACUAUUCCUCAGGGAGAGCCUGUCUCACGGACACGCGAUAAGAACCGUCCACUGGCGCCCACCAUUCAGGUGGCGAUGGCUGUUUCUCAAGCAUCAAGCAAUAAUUCGUUUCUUGCUCAACUUCUUACAACAGGUACCUACCCAGGGGCAGUUCCAUUGAAAGAUGAAGGAAUUUCUACAGGGAUUGCACAAUUUAAUGCCACGCCCCUUCGGGCUCUCACCACCAACCAGACACUGUCUCAGACUUCAACAAUAAAUGUGUCCGACUUCCCCACCAGUCUGUUGCUGGCAGCAGUGAAUGCGGUUGGGCCUAACCAGGUGUCUGCUACUCAGAUUCUCCAGACCGCCAGUAAGCAAGGAAUCAACAUACAGGCGAGCAUGCCCGUCGCAACCACUUCCAUGAAGAUGGAGACCAGCACAUCUCCCAUUUCGGUUUUCAGAAACACCGACAACUGCUGGUCCACGUCUCCCAGGCUGACCUGUGACGAUACCUCAUUGGACGACUCCUUUACAGUUAAGACAGCUGAUACGCUUUUUGCAGAAAUGGAGAAAAACGACCCACAGUCUGACAAUCAACUCUCAUCUGAGAAGAAACGAAGGAACAGCAUUAAGAGUCCUGGCCAAAUACAGAAGUCUGGCUUUGAUGUUCUUCACACACUCAUUCCAUCUCUGAGACAGAGUCCAAAUGCAAAAGUGAGCAAGGCAGCCAUGUUGCAGAAAACUGCUGAGUACUGCAAGAAGUUGAAGGCAGAGCGCAGUCACAUGCAGAAGGAGGCAGACAUCUUGAAAACAGAGAUCAGCGCACUGAAUCAGGCUAUAAGCCAAUGUCAGUCCCAGCUGCCUGCCACUGGGGUGCCAGUUACUCGGCAACGGGCGGACCAGAUGAGGGAGAUGUUUGAAGACUAUGUUAAGCAGCGCACCCUGAAUAACUGGAAGUUCUGGAUUUUUUCGCUGAUAAUAGACAAGCUGUUUGAGAGGUACAACACGAUGGUGUCCACCGCAAGCAUAGACGAGCUCUGUAGAACUGUACUGGCCUGGCUGGACCAGCACUGCUCAUUGCCCUCUCUCAGACCCAUUGUGUCAGAGGCGAUGCGGCAUCUCAGCACCACGACGAGUAUUUUGUCUGAUCCGGCCCGCGUACCGGAACAGGCUGCACAGGCUGUGAUAAAACGGCAGAAACACAUGAGCGGUGACGGCGGAACAUGAGGGCAGCAGCGUAGCUUAAGUUGUUGGAACGAUGGUUAGCAUGUAAAUCGUGCUGCAAAUAUCCUAAGGGAUAUGGGACUUAAUAGGAUGAUUGUCUUCGAGUUGAUUGUUGGAAUGUAAAUAAAGGUGGGUUUGAGCCAAGUGGAAAUUGGCAAAAUGUGAUGUUGAAAUGAAUGGUGUAUUUGAUUUGAUGCAAAGACUCGAGUGUAGAGACGUUUGUGGGAUAAUAGUUUGUACUUAAUGCAGUGUUCACCGAUUGUAAGAGAUGGCGUUAGAUGCAAAGAAAUUGGUCUUUAUGCUUGUGUUCAGAGAUAUUCAAUGACAGUAAUACAGUAUUGAUCUUCAUUGUGCUUUUAUAUGAAUGCAAGUUGAACACUGAAGGGAGAAUGGGGCUUUCAACAUAGGAUGCAGGGUCUUUAUCAACAAAGUGACUUUGAGCUAGGAAAAAGUGGCAGAAAUGCUGUUCAGCAUGUGCGCGUGAAUACUUUUUUGGUAUAAUUAUGCGUUAAUGUGUUUAAAGGAGCCAAAUAUGUUACAGCUUUUCUAAAGGGCUGUUCUGUUGUUAUAUUGCUUAAUGCAUGUUUUGGUAUUUUCAUGGAAACAUCUGUUUGUGUUGAUAAUUAUCAUAAGAUGUUGUAUGUACAUUCCUCUGUGACUAUAUUUGCUAUUUGUAAAGUGAUAAAAUGUAAAUACAAAAGUACUGGGUUUUAUUUUUACUCAAUUAAAUUGCUUUAAGCUUUAAGAUUUUUUUAAUUAAACAACUUACAAUAGAGAACAAGCAAACUUAAUUGGUAUUGUUUUUCCUUCCUUUUGAAAUAUUAAUUUCAGGCAAACUUGUGUUCUUUAGACAGUGUGAAUGUUGCUUAUUUUCUGCCUUAUGUUUUUAGGUGAUCUUUGGUGUUGUACAUUUUUGCAUUCAAGCAUCAGCAUUUGUUAAAUAAACUCCAUGCCAAUGUUAAAACUAUUUUCAGUGAAUAUGCUUGUUCUUGUCGCACAGCGCACAGUGACACAUUCCUUUUAAUAGCCUUACAGGAAGAGUUUUCUGUUGUUUUGUUUUGUGGGGAGAGAGAAAGGGGGCUGUUAAUGGAGUAAGUUGAGUGUUUUUUGCUUGUUUGUGUUUUUUUGUGAAGAAAACUCUUAAGGUCAAGAAUGAGGUCUCGUGUUCCAAACAUUUGUGGUACACAUACAAAUAUGUUAUCCUAAUAUAAUACAUGUCAUGUUUGAUGUUUACAAACCUCUAACAUUGAUAAUAUUAUUGCCAUUUCGUCUCUUUUAUUCUCCAAAAGCAUAUAUUAGACAGUAUCUUGUGAAAGGCUGCACAUUACGAAAUUUCUUUAAGUACUUAUAUGUAUGACUUCUGCAACAUAAUAAAAUAAAGAAAUAUGUUAAUGUUAAUUUCCAUCAAAUAGUCUUUGUUAAAGAGGCUUUAUUGUGAAGAUGUUAGAUACUUCUCACUGUUUAAUUGUUGUUUGUUUCUGUACCAUAAAAAAGCUUUUUGUGUCAAAAGCUCAGUGUAGUGGGAGGAAUUCAAGAAAGUAGAUGUGUAAGGGAGGUAUAUCAACAGUAUAAAUGUAAGGGAUGUUACUCCAAUUGAAUAUAUGUAAGGGAGGUAACACCAAAAUUUAAUAUGUGUACAGAUGGUACCUCAAACAUUAAAGGUGAAAGGGAAGUUACUCUUACCUUAUAUUUAUCAGGGUGGUUUCUCCAACAACAUAGGUGCACGGAAGGUUACUUUUCAAUGGCAUAUGUUUCAUGGUUGUAACUUACAGCAUCAGUGUAUAGGAGGAGACAACAUACAUAUAGGUGCAUCAGUUUAUUUGAUAGGUGGAAGGAAGAGGAUUCCAACAGAUUGUUUGUAAGGGUGGUAAUUUUAACAGCACAAAUAUGAUGGAGGUUACUGAACUUAAUAGCUGUAAGGGAUGUACAUCCAACCGCAUUGUAAUAAACACAAUUGCCAUUUUCUUUCCUAUAAUUACUGUUUAUAAUUUUCUCUUCUGUUAUUUGAUAAUUAAGUAGAUUAUAAAAACAUAAUAAACAAGAAAGCUUUUUUAUUUGACUUUGUAAUUUUAAUAAUUGUUUAGUAUGUACCGGUAUAUCUGAUAAUAAUUACCCAAAGAUGAGCUUUUGUUUUCUUUAUUGCCAAGGCUGAUAUCUUAAUAUAUAAACAUUGUCUUGCCAAGGGAAAUAAUAAAAGUUUUGCUAUAUGUAGCAACCCUUAGAAGUUAUCAUAUUUGAUUGAAUAACUUGUUUAAGUUUUAAAGAUAAGAAUUUUGUUAAAUAUACAUCACGAAGACAAACUCGUAUUGUAAUUGAAUGACAAUUUAAUUACAUAUACAUAAUGCCAUAUCCCCAACAUAUGCACAAUUCCCGAGUAACCAUAUCUAUACGACCUAUUUAAUCUAUUACAUUCACUAUAAAUUCCCUAAAUAUUUUACAAGUUGAGAACGAGGUGGUGACAUCACAUACGUAUGACGUCACAACAGGCAAUACAACCUGGUUUGUCACGUGACUACUAUCAUGUUUGUAAUUUAUAAAACUUCUUGGGGAUAUAAUGAUAACUUAAUUAGAAAAUGUCUUCUAGUCUUUUUUGAAUUUCUAUGUUUAUGCUCAAAAGACACUUAUUAGGGCAUUUUGUUUCACUGUGUUAGUAACAGAAGUGCGUAUACAUGGUUGUAUUGUAUAAAAAGAAGUAAAGACCCUACUGUGAUUGCUAGAAUAUUAUACUUUGUUUUUAAAAUGUUAUUAUUACAGCUGACUUGUUAAUUUGCUAGUUAAAGCAAUUUCUGUUACUGUUUAAGGUAAAAUUGCAUAUCAAUUAUACAAAAAUGUUAAAAUCUAUAAUGUUUCUUGAUAAUAAAUGUGAUAUACACAAAGUUAAAAUGAUAACUUCUUUUUUUAAUAUUAAUACAUUUUUGUUUAGCAAUCCUUUUUGUUGAAAGUAAGGACAAUCGUGUCUUCAAUCGUGUCUAGUUUUUAUACCUUUGUCAGUCAUGGAUGUUUUUUUCUUAGGAUUGGCUGCUAUAGAACCAAGUGCCUUUAAGUUGUUAUGCUAUUAAGAAUAAUGAGACUAAUUUUGAUCACUUUAUCUCAGGUAUGUUGUGUUUUUGUAUGCUUUUAAAUAUAGUGCCCAAACUGAUAACGGAAGGUGUGUAAUAGUACAUUUUAUACAACUGCUAAGAAGAAAGGAGAUGUUUUAAUACCUAACCCCACAAACAAAGUUAGAAAAGUGGUUUAUUGGAGUCAUUCUGUUGGUCUGUCAGCAAGUCUGCAUACAGUUUUAGGAUUAAGUGGAGUAAACUAUUGCUCCGUUCUUCAAAGGUCAGAAUUAAAACUACAAUUAUUUCAUCAUCAUGAAGAUUUGCAUGAUGAUGAAAUAAUUAUAGUUUUUAUUAUUUUUCCUUAUUGCCAAAAUAUUUUUCUUUGCACUGAUCUACACAAUCCUCGGUUAUUUGCCUUGAACUGCUUGCAAAGAGGUGACGGGGUAUUAGUCGUGGUUUGAGAAGUCCAGUUAUGUUGACAAUAUCUAUUUCAGUAACCUUUUUAAAGUUUUGAAAUCUUGCAUCUUCCAGGUUUGGAAGGAUAUUACUUCUGUUCAUGUAAGUUGUUGCUUGAAGGUGAUAUCUGGCUCAUUCAGUUCAUAUUUUACAUAAUCGUUGCACAGGUUUCAAGCACAUGAGGCUCCUUCUAGGAAAAUUGGUCUUAAUGAAUGAACUUAAAGUUUCACCCCAGAUAAGCCUGUGCAGGGACGACACUUUAAACCUUAACCAAUAAGAAUUGUAUUUGUAUGCACUUUUAGUCCCUUAGAAAGGUAAAUUAAAUUAAAACCUUUCUUACAAGAUUCAAGUUUUGAAGGCCUUAUUUCCAACCCUUAGAUAUUGAUGAACAGCAUACAGCAUAAAACCUGAACAGACUGCGAGUUACUCACAUAUUUUGCAAGAAAGAAAAACUGAGAUUAAUUUGACACAUGCCACUGGACCAUGAACCCAUAAAAUAAAUUUAUCUAGUUGUGCUUAGUGAAAAACGGUUAUUUAUGUUAAGUAAAAAUACUUUCUACUAACUGAAAUUGUUGUGUUGUAAAAAGAAUACAACAAAAUGGUAAAUUUUUAAAUACCACUUUAAUCCUUUUAAUGGACAUCAUUCAAUUGAAUAUUCAAGUAAGUGUCACAUCCCAAGUUAAAAUCUAUAUCAGUCACUUUCAUUGCAAGUAUAUUGUACCUUGUUCAGUGUAUACUGUGCUAUAUAUUUGUAAUCACUAAACUUUUUGUGCAUUGGCCAAUAUGUAUUAUAUGUGUAAGUGUACAGUUAAAAUACAGUUUUUAAGUAUCAACACAUUUUCAUGAAAAAUGCGUUUGUGAGGUAGAAGGGGUAAGUUAAGUGUAUUUUAAAAUUGUUAUGUAAACAUUACUCGGAAAGUUUGAGGCAUGUAUACAAUUAAGAUAUGAUCUCAUUAAUAAAUGUUGUGUAUUUGUUAAAAAAGUUAUUUGUAGAUUUCUUAGUCGAAAAUUUGUAUAUUUAACAAUAGCUGUGGAAUUGAGAUGUACUUCUAUAACAAAAACAUGUAUAAAAUGAACAAAAAUUA